AUGUCCGACCUACUGAGUAGUCCCUAUGGCUUGUCGGUUCGCCGAAAUGGUUCCUGUCUGAGCACCGAGACGGAUUGUGGAGAAACCUGGUCGCCCUUCCAUGCCUGUUGCCCUAAUGGCACCAAAUGCCCCAAAGGCCAGGGCAAUGUCAAGUGUUGUCCGUCAGAUGCCGACUGCACUGAGUUGGUCGAUAACACGCACUGCGCAAAUAGCACCGCCAACGUCUAUAAAGCAAAAGGGUACUUUUGCUGUUCCUCGGACACCUCGGCCUUUAUGAACAAGGAUACCAGCUUUGUUGGCUGCACCGAUGAUAUAUCAGAAUUGGACGACACCGUCUCUCUCUUGGCUAUCCGAUACCACGCCACAUCAACCUCAGCCUCAAGCUCAGCAUCAGCCUCAUCUUCAGCCUCAGUAUCUGCGACAUCAUCCAGUGCAUCCCAAACAACUACACCUGCAACCAAUACUGCAAGCCCAACUCCGUCCGCUACAGACUCCGCUAACUCGUCUAACUCACAUACCGGGGCCAUUGCCGGUGGAGUCGUGGGAGGAGUGGCCGGACUGGCCCUACUAGCUGGACUGGUAUGGUUCAUCCUCCGCAAAAGGGCACGUAAGAACGCGGCCAUCUCGCUGGGGACAGAUUCUUCCCCCUCGAGUUAUGUUUCAGGCAUGCAAGAAACCUCGGGGUAUUUCGUUACUCCUGGUAGGAGCUCCGAACCCGGACCACCCAGGGAGCUUGAUAGCCAGCCCAAGAGCACGCUGCACGAGAUGCCAUCUCAGACGGAAUAUCGAUGA